CACACUUCUAUCCAUUUGCAUACAUAUGUACAUACCCACAUACCCAUGUUCCAUCGAGAUUCUUGCCCUGAUGACGUCGGCUCCAGUCACGAAUCGCCGUUCCCAACCCUCCAGACUCCUCUGGCCAACUCAAUUGUGACGUCUUUAGUGUCGAAACCGUCUUUCUCGUCAUCGGCGCUCUGAAACGGCGACAUAGGCACCCAAUCCAACUUUCGGCGGUGCGGUUCCGCUUCGCUGAUUGAUGAUUGCACCGAUACUCGAGCUGUAUCCAUCGCUGUCAUGCGUCAUUCUGUGGGUCAGCUCGCAUUACGAUAGUCCCUUCAACAACGAUAGGUAUUAAAAAACAUGUCGGUCACGCUUGCUCAAGAGAGCGUAAGUCGCCCUUUCUUGCAUUCCUUUGUGAAUUGCUAUUGUGCUUUGUUCAACGUGGAGCAGUGGAUGAAUACCUCAUCUUUUGCCAACUGGAUGCAUACAUGACCGUUUGCAUUUCAUAACAAGUUCGAAUGCGCUAUUUGAUUGCUUUCGCUCACAAAUCGGGAAUAAUAAAAUAUCCUCAAACUUCUUGAACCGGCAGCUACGGAACAGCGAUGGAGCCAAUGCAUCAACAGCAGCAACAACUCCCUCCCUUCUCUCCACCAAGAUCACGCCCGUCUCGUACCAAGAAACAGCACGAUCGCGACCCGUUUCUCGCCAUCGACGACACCUCAAAUAUCCAUGUUACUUCGCCAGCACAUACUCACGAUGACCCCCACGAAGAAUCACUUCUCGUUCGUAUUAUACUGACCCCAAUUCUUUUUACUUCUUUCCUCCUCUCUCUCUUCCUCAUCAACCGGUCCGACCGCAUCCGCCGCACCCACCGAUCUGAUACCACUACUGCCAAAUUCUCGUCAUCUUCAUGGCCUCUUCUUACUUCCUACCUCUCGCCUUCAUCUUGGUUCGACCUAAGCCCAGAGCCUUACCAAGAGGAUUUACCCGAUAGUAGUAUAGACACGCGUGAGCAGCGAAGGGACUCACACCAUACGGAUUUCCCCAUUUCUUACGAUGGCGCUGUGUCGGACCGAGAAGCGAAGGAGGUAGAAGAGGAUGGUGAAAGAGAAAAGAGGAAGAGGGGCAAGGGGAAUGCGAGGCCGUGGCAUCUCCGCAAGAAAGUCAGGAAAGUGACCAAACUCGAGAUGGAAGAUGCGUUUGCGAUGCGAAGGCGAGUUAUUGCGGGCAUGUUGAUUGUAUGGGUGGUUGCAUUAUAUGCUUGUUGGAGGGCGAUAAUGUGGCUUGCGACAAUGCUUUGAUCAAGCUGGACGAUGAAUACGAGUCCCCCGAAUUGAUUGCAUGUCCCUGUUCACACUUGAUACUGGAUGGGUGUGUUCCAUGU